AUAGAGAUAUGUCUAGAUAUCUCACUUGAAGUCCAUGGUCCAUUGAGUGCUGCAUGUUUUAACAUUUUUCUCGUCCAAUCAAACACCGGGUCAGACCCCAUUGAGGCCACUUUGCAAAUAAACAUUUUCGUCUACGUAAUCGUGUGGAUAAACGUUGGACUUAACCACAUAUUUGGUUAGCUGAAGUCGGAAUUCUUGUUCUCUUUAUGGAUAAUUAAGAUUUAUUGAGCCAUAUUACAUCAAGGAUAUUUGCGUUUGUGUAUAACCAUGUUGCAUUCUCCACUUUCAAAUCCUUUUCCAAACAAUUGUUCCACGACUACCACAUCGGAAUGUGACGAAUGUUUUAAACCAGAUCUUACUGUUCUGCAGUCUGCAAUACCAUUCCUUACAAAGCCAUUACUAGCGAUUGCAGGCUUCUCAAAUACAAAUGAUAUUCCAGGGUCUACGCCCACAUCAUUUUCUAUCCAACCAGCAUCACGAGUGCAAGCUCAUCAGCAAAAUUUAACAUUCGGAAAUGUAAACAGCCCUAACUUAUCAGGAUCGUCCUCAUUAUCAUCAUCUUUAGUUUCUCUACAUUCCGCCCCCAACAGUUGUGUAACUAAUCAACAAAUCUCGACAUCUCCCGUAUCUGUACACUCAAACCAUGUUUCCUCUGGCUCCAGAGAUUCACGGUGGCUUAAGCUGCGUGUAUGUACAUCAGUUUUGGGAAUAUCUAACUCACCUUUGCAAAAUAAUACUAUCAGAUCUGAGAAAGAGCCUAUGGACAUUGAAAAUAAAUGUUCUAUAAAGUUAGAAGACACUAGUACAAAAAAUGAGUGUUCAUCUACCACAAGCUGUCAAAAUGAGAAUGAAUCAAGCUUUCAUUGCUGUGUUUUGGGAAGUACAUGUCCUUACGCCCACCCACCUGUAACUGUACGAGUAGAAAAUGGCUAUGUAACAGUAUGUUACGACUUCAUUAAAAGGAAACUCUGCAAGUUUUCUCACUGUAAAUAUUAUCACCCCCCGCCACACCAAAUCGAAGCUAUUAUUAAACGUGGCGAUGAACAAAGGAAACUAUUGGAAAAUCAACAACGUUUGUCUGAGUUAAGAACUUCCAAUCUCAUUUCGAUGCAACCGCUGCAACAGACGCUACCGACUGGUUUACCCAUUCUCAGUUCAGUAGCUAGUUGCCCUUCAAGUCUUAGAUGGCCACCUACUACAUUACUCCAGUCAACUGUUGGGGGAUCAGUUUAUGGAACAUAUUUAACUCCUCUAAAUUCUGUACCUGAUCCGGCAUCUCUUAGUGCAUCAGCAUUAUUAGCAGCGGCAGCUGUCCUACAACAGGCAAAUCAAGUUGCCAGUGUGUUACCAACAUCAUCUACAUUAUCUUCAUGCUCAAUAUUUCCUCAUGAUUCGGUUAUUUCAAAGUCAACAAUCAAUAAUGAUACGACCUCAUCAGUUGAUUCUGAGGUGAGUCACAAUUUUAGUACUGAUACUUCAUAAUGGCUUAUAGAUGUUCAUAUUUGUAUUGAUAUAUGUUAUUUGCUCGUAUUCCUUGAUGUUGCUUCGGUUUGAUUCAUUGUUAACAUGUGUUUAGUGUUGUAACAUCUUGAAAGCUAAAGCAUUUGUAUUUUGCUCGCAUAUUUAGUUGUUUAUUUGUUUUAAGGGUGGAUUCUGGGAUCAUUGUUAUCAAAAAUUAUGGUGAAUGUAUAAACACACACUACAAUUUAUUGUUUUCAAGUAGUUUAUUGUUCAGUAACUUUUUUUUUCUAUCUUAAAUCUCGAGAUUAGUUAGAUAAUGUUAGUUAAAUUAAAUUACAUUGUAGAGGAAAAGAGACUUUGUUAGAGAGAAAAAUCCUCCAAAAUGAAUGUUUAUAUGAUCAUAUUUUUGUGGGAAAAGAAUUUUGAUGAGGGAGAGCUAACUCUCCCCACCCUCGGCCAUACCAGGGCAUUAUCUUAUUAUGUAGUAUCCAGUUAAGCUACCAUGCUGCUGAAUAUUUCUAAGCUAUUUAUUAUGUCUUCUAGAAGUCAUGUUUGACUGUUCAUCACAAAUUGCCAAAAGAUGGCUUUUAGUGUGUAUAGUUUCGCAGUUUACUUGGAAUUAUUAUUAUUGAUAUAAUAGCGUAUUUUCCUGAACACUUUUUCAGUGUUAUAUCUAACAAACAUAGUCUCUUGUUUACCCACAUUUUUUAAUACUUUAAAGUAUGCCAAAUAACUGAUCUUUCUUUCAUUUUGACGUGUACUAAAAUAUAACAGUAUAAAUUUUAGGUAAAAAUGACCUUUAAUAUUCAUGAAGAUAAACCUGAUCAAAAUAUCCUUCGUAAUACUGUAGUAUCGAAAUCGAUAAAAAUUAAAAAAAUGAUUGACUUAUGACUAUUUAGAAAGAACAGUAAUUCAACCUAGUUAUGUAUUUCAAAUAAUAUUGUGUAUUUAUAGACAGUUGAUUAUAUAGGUUAUAACUAAUCGAGUAUUUUUAUAUAGCCUGUAUCUAUUCAUUUCGAAUGUAUACACGCUCUAUGAUAUUAUUUCAUCUGUUUUUUGCAUGUACGAUAGCUAAUUACAUUCUAGUCUGAAUGUUAGAUAUUUUGCAGUCAUUUACAAUCCAGAUGACCCGGUUAGUUUGAAUGCUUUUAUUUUCAUAUACACAAAUACUAAAUAUUGUGCAUGAUCAUUUGGUUAGGUUCAAUCCCUAGUUUAAUCAUUAUAUCUGUUUUGAUUAAUAUAUUAUCAUCCUUUCGAUGAGUUUUUAUUCUUAACAAUAUUUAUCGACUAGUAUUCAAAGCAUUUGCUCAAUAUUUAUAUUUCAGGUCCGGUUCCAGGUGCAUUAGGACAUCUUUCGUCUGGACUAUAUGGAACCAGCUUUUGUUCACAGAAUCCAAUGACCAAUGUGGCCUACAUUAAUGAAAAAGGCCAUGUAAGCCUGUCUUCUUCCAUUUAUAUUAUGACAUGAGCUUUCAUUUUAGACUAAAUUAAUAGUGAAGUUAAUCGACGCGCACAAAUAGUGUCUAAAACGAUCUGUAGUGGCUUUAGGUAGACAUUGUUCAUUUAGGUUGGUAAAAUUUAUAACCAUAUUAUACAAUGUGGUUUACUUGUUAUAUGCUCAUAUGUAUUAAUCAAACUUAGUAUGUCUUAGGUAUUUAAGGGGCUAAAUUAUAAGGUGACACUUAUGUGUAAGUUUAGUCGAAUAAUAUUCAACUACGAAAUCUUAAAAAGUGAACUUGGAGUUUAUAAAUCUAAAUGGUUAAGCAGAUGAACCACGGUUUUAUGUUUUUACAAUAGGAAAUAUACACUAAGCUGAUUCCAUGAGAAAUUAGUAGCAUAUCAUUUGCAGUAAAUGUUGUAUACUGUUGAUUAUAUAAAAUUAUGUGGUUAUCAGGUUGUAUUUCAUUCUCGUACAACCUUUAAAAUGAACUAUUCAGCUUACUGUCUAGCCUCACUUUGUAUUUGUUAAGUCCCAAUAAGCAUAAUGAAUGGUAACUUUGGGAUCCAUUUAUGAACCAUUACUAAACGUAUAUUUUUAUCGUGUAAUUGUUAAAUAACUAAACUAUUCAUAUUCAUCUUAUUAUCAGCUUUAUUUUGACCUAUGAACCAUUAUUAUACGUUUUACCAUUCUUGAAUUAUGCCCUGUCUAUUAGUCACUGCCUCCCACAUUCACAGCCACAUUUGGCCAAAUCUUGUUUUCUAUUUUAUGGUACGUUUGAUUGGUAUAUAAACCCCGUAUGCUUGAGAUACAUGAUUCAUAUCGCAGACGUUCGGAUUGAUGUUCUGGACUUAAUUGGCUGGGCUAGACGGAAAGCAGGACCAAUCAGGACUCUAGACUGCUCAUACGGGUUUACGCGUCCUUGAUCCAAUCGAUAAGUCACUGCUCUCUAAUUGGCGGUAUCGUUACUUAUCCAUUAACAGGGCACUCAAGCAACAAGUAUAACAGUAUUGUCGUAUAGUGUCUUUAAAUCAAAGGAUGAAGUAUGUACUGUUUUUCAUCAGUGAAGGUGAGAUGAUUUGUUGUUUUGUACUCUGGUUUCAUGAACAAUUCAUACAAUUAAAAGAAUAUUCUCGGAAUUGAUUUCAGUUGUUGGAAACGUUGCCAAUAUGUCGUGAUUUUAAAGCUGGCAAAUGUCGUCGUAACUCAGAAUGCCGUUACGUUCAUCUAGUUGACGAAAAUGUGGAAGUUAAUCAAGGACGUGUGACUGUAUGUCGCGAUGCUGCUAAAGGUCGAUGCACACGUAUACCAUGUAAGUAUUACCACAUUCCUUUGUUCGCCAUUUCGGCUAAUCGAAGUAUGGCAUUGAAUUCCGCUCUGGCCAGUGUCACAGGAUUUCCUACUAUCUCCACACUUUAGAACUAAACCAGUAAUACCUCCUGAAAAAUGUUUCUCUACCAAACCUCAGAAGAUAUUUAGGUGUUUUUUAUUUUUAAGGAUAGAUAUAUUUAGAUAAAACUGUCCAUCACAUGAAUUUUGAUUUCUACUUUGCCUGAAAAAUAGAUAUCUUCUACUAAUUUCAUCUUUUGAAUUUAUCUUUCUUAUUUUUGUUUUGAUCAAUGUUUGUACUGAUGUUUAUUCAAUAAUCGAAUGUCUUCCUCUAGGAUUUAUAAGAACCAAAACUGAACUGGCUUAUUUGCCGUCAAUCAUGUCUUCUCAACGUUAUUUUUUUAAAUUUGUCUCGUUCUAAAAUUUAUUCAGUAUUUUGAUCUUUUCUUUUACUUUAACCAAUUAUUCAGUUACAGAAGGAAUUAACUGUUCAUUUUGUAUAAAAUAUUAAAAAAUGGAAGAUAAAUGGAUGUCAUACACUUCCUUUCAUUUCAGUUACUGUAUGUUUUUUACUGUUAAAUGUUUGGUAACCUUGAAGAACUUUUACGAAAACGUAGACAUGUCUUUUCGUUGAUAAUAAUACUAACAGGAGUUGAUCUAAUUGUAGGUUACUUUCAAUUUAAUAAGUUGACAGUGAGAUACUGAUUUAACUUUGUUUUUUCUGUCUGUAUGUUUCAAGCUCAACCGAUAUUCGCUUCAUGAUCUUGUUCACUGACUUUUUUGUCGAAAAAUAUUUCUAUAUUAUUCACUUCUCUCAAUAUAUACAAACAUUCACAAUUUAGAUUCGAAACCUCUUGAUAUACUUGUUAUUAAAAUGAUCAAUACGAAAAUUAUUACUAUAAUUAUGCUAUAUACAAUGUUCCGUUUUUGUGGUUUCUAGUACGAUAAAAUUAUUUCUUAUGUAGUUAGUUCGUAAUCACACUUUUAUUUGUGAGUCAUAAUUACUUAUUGUGUAAGUAGUCUUUGAGUCCAAGCGCUGUCUGUGCUAGGUUCUUUGCACAUAUUUUUGGUUUAAUUAUUAACGUUAUGAUUAAAAGCAAUCGGUGGUGGUGUGUUUAAAUGUUUCUGAGUAAUAUUAAUUAAAUAAUAAUCGGGAAAGAUCUACUCAUCUUCAAUGUCUAGUGUAUUUACAUAGAUUUUACAUCGUAUGAUCGAAAGUAUUGUUUGUUUUCUUAGUUGGUAAAGAGAAACUCUCAAGAGUAAAUGUAAAAGUCAGGAAAGACAUAUCUUUUACUAAAUCAUAGUUCUAUGUGAAUCACGAGCUGCAAAUAUUAACCAGUAUCAAUGAACGUAAUUAUUUCUUAUACUUGUAAUAUUUAUUAUACAAUUUGUUCCACCAGAUAAGCGGUAAUCGAGAAAAUUUGUGAUAGUAGUUUGCCUUGGAUGACAUUCAGAGAAAAAUGUGAAAAGCCUUAUAAGGUAGUUUGGUAAUAAACACAACAAAAGUAAGAUCAUCCCUACACGGUUAUUCGAGUAUAAUCCCUAAUUAAAUAUUUUGACAAGGAACAAAAGAUGGUGAACUGAUUAUGACCAUGAGAUGGCGGAGAUUUGUAGCUCAGGUGGAUGAUUUUGAUCUCUGAGCUGGAUGGUUUAGUCGUGGAGCUUUCAUCGUUCUUCUGAACGACAUCGUCAACACAAAUUUUAGGUAGAAGUGAAGUGUUCGAAUUUCUCCACACGUGGUGACUAAUUUGUGGCCAUUAAUGAAAAGUGUAGGAUUAGAGGAAUUGACGCUAUAAAGAUUAUACAUGCAAGAAAGUUCGCAUAGUUCUCUCAGAACAUCAGUCUGAUGUCACUCACGCAAUACUAUCAUCGUCUGAAAUCAAGAACGUUAUCAAUGUUUCUUACCGCUGUGCAUAGUUAAGCUUCAGAGGGUCAAUACACACUAAGAAACUUGGACAACGUACCAAAAAUAAAUGUUUCAACUGUAUUGGAUGGUUUUGCGAGCAAUCUAGCCGAACUACUUAUAAGUAAGCAAAACUGUGCGAAGUGUACAGAUGAAACGUAUGAUAUUGGGCUGUGACCGAAAUCAGCAUCAUUGUAAAUUACUUGUCAUUAAGAAAAUUCUACACAUCGGUCAUAUUGCUUUCUCAUAUUGAUAUAAAACUCAAUAGAAGUGUUAUUCCAUUUCUUUUAUCCCCUAUCUAUAAAUGAAGACAGUUAUCUGAUACAUGUCACAACUAAUUUGGUAUAUAAGUGCCUUAAAUUGACGGCUAUCUUCAAAAUUCAAUUUGGAUCUGUUAUUUAUUUUAUUUAUUUGAACACAUAAAUAUUGGUACAAGAGAGCGCCAAUAUAUAUGCGCCACACAAAACAAUGAGAAUGCGAAGAGAAAUAGAAAAAAAACUGAGGAGCGCAAAAGAAAAACAGAACACUAACGAAGAGAUUGGUGUAAUGUAGUGUGGUAGUAACGAGGUACAAUCAGAAGAAAUUUUUCAGGUAAGGGAGACACAACCACUUUUUAUGAAGAAAGUAAAAGAAGGUUACAGCAGGAUCGCCACUGGCUUCUAUUCUGAGCCAUAUCUGAUAACGUCUCUAGCCACUGUGUUGCGCUAUCUCUCGGACCCCAGCCAGGGAGUCGUAAAGGACCAAAAGAAGUCAGCCCUUUGCAGCUUUCUUUCAUGCCACGACACCAUGUCAUACACUGACCACCUCUCCGCUUUUUCCAACCAGUCCUAGCGUCGGCAAAUAAUGCACGACGUGGAAUUCUCUGGGACGACAUUUGUAGAACAUGUCCAAGCCACCGAAGUCGGUGUUUCAAGAUGGUGACACCAAUUGUAUUAUCGUCUCUGUGCCCGAACACACGAUACCGAACCUCUGCAUUACUAACAUGGUGUUGCCACUGGAUGUCGGCAAUCCUUCGGAGACAACGAUGAUCGAAGACAGAGAGUCGUCUAACGUCCUCAACUCGGAGAGGCCAGGUUUCACAAGCAUGGGGCGAAACUGCUCUCACCGACGCGCUGUAGAUCCGACCUUUUACUUACUUAGGCCUGUUACUCCUCGAGAAGGAGCAUAGGCCGCUCAUCAGCAUUCUCCAUCCAACCCUGUCCUGGGCAAUCCUUUCUAGCUCCGUCCAGUUGUAAUUCAUCGUUUUCAUAUCUGCUUCUAUUAUCCGACGCAAUGUUUUCUUUGGCCUUCCUCUUUUUCGCUUCCCUUCAGGAUUCCAAGUUAGGGCUUGUCUCGUGAUGCAGUUUGACGAUUUGCGUAAUGUAUGUCCUAUCCAUUUCCAUCGUCUUUUCCUAAUUUCUUCUUCAGCUGGAAGUUGGUUUGUUCUCUCCCACAGAAGGCUGUUGCUGAUGGUAUCCGGCCAAUGGAUGUUGAGUAUCUUGCGUAGACAACCAUUUAUAAAUACUUGUACCUUCUUGAUGGUGGUUGUUGUAGUUCUCCAAGUUUCAGCUCCAUACAGUAGAACUGCCUUGACGUUCGCAUUGAAGAUUCUCACUUUGAUAUUGGUUGAAAGUUGUUUUGAGUUCCAUAUGUUCUUCAAUUGUAGGAAUGCGACUCUUGCUUUGCCAAUCCUUGCCUUUACGUCUGCAUCUGAUCCUCCUUGUUCAUCGAUGAUGCUCCCCAGGUAUGUGAAGGAUUCUACAUCUUCCAGAGUUUCGCCAUCAAGAGUGAUUGGAUUACUGUUCUCCGUGUUGUAUUUGAGAACCUUGUUUUUCCCCUCGUGUAUGUUGAGGCCUACUGAUGCAGAGACUGAUGCAGAGACUGCUGCUACACUGGCUGUCUUUGUCUGCAUCUGUUCGUGUGUACGUGAUAGGAGGGUUAGGUCAUCUGCGAAGUCCAAAUCGUCUAAUUGAUUCUGAGCUGUCCAUUGUAUUCCUUGUUUUCCUUCAGAUGUCGAGGUCUUCAUAAUCCAGUCGACCACCAGAAGAAAGAGGAAGGGAGAGAGUAAACAGCCUUGUCUGACUCCGGUCCUUACUUGGAAUGCAUCUGUCAGCUGUCCUCCAUGCACGACUUUGCACUGUAGUCCGUCGUAUGAGUUCCGGAUAAUAUUGACAAUCUUCUCAGGAACUCCGCAGUGUCGAAGAAGUUUCCAUAAUGUCCUGCUAUCUACACUGUCAAAUGCCUUUUCAUAAUCAAUGAAUUUGAUGUAUAGUGACGAGUUCCACUCAACUGAUUGUUCGACGAUGAUCCGUAAUGUCGCAAUUUGGUCUGUGCACGAUCGAUCCUUACGGAAUCCAGCUUGUUGAUCUCGAAGCUAUGCGUCUACUGCAUCUUUCAUCCGAUUCAGCGACACUCUGUUGAAGACCUUCCCUGGUAUUGACAGCAGUGUAAUGCCUCUGUAGUUUUCACAUUUGCUCAGAUCUCCUUUCUUUGGAAUCUUGACGAGGUGCCUUUCUUUCCAGUCCAUCGGCACUUGUUCCUCCUCCCAAAUCUUUUUGAAUAGUAGGUAAAACAUGUUUGUGGUUACUUCGAUGUCUGACUUCAGUGCUUCAGCUGGUAUGUUGUCGGGCCCCUCUGCUUUCCCGUUCUUGAUUUGUCUGACGGCCAUUCUGAUUUCUUCCGUCGUUGGUGGAUUGACAUCUAUAGGAAGAUCUAUGUGUGCUGCUUCGAUGUCCGGUGGAUUCAUUGGAGCCAGCCUAUUCAGGAGUUCCUCGAAGUAUUCUACCCAUCUGUUCCGCUGUUGUUGAAAUUCGGUGAUUGGCCUGCCUUCUUUGUCUUUGAUCGGUCUCUCUAGUUUAAUAUAUUUCCCUGCUAGUUUCUUCGUUGUAUCGUGAAGCUGUUUCAUAUUUCCUUCUCUCGCAGCUUUUUCCGCUUUCGUUACUAGUUCUUCCACGUACUUCUUCUUGUCGGCUCUAAUGCUCCUCUUCACUUGUUUGUUUGCUUCUAUGUAUUCAGCUUGUUCUUGGACUUUCUCUGCUCGUGUUCGGCUGCUGUUAAUUGCUGCCUUCUUGUUCUUCCUUUCUUUGAUCUUGUCCAGAGUUUCUAUAGAGAUCCACUCCUUAUGAUGGUGUUUCUUUAGGCCCAGAACCUCUUGACACGUUGAAGUUAAUGCUUCUUUGAUGCCUUUCCAGUUGUCCUCCAUAGUAGUUUCUUCUUCUUUCAGUAGAUCUUGUAAGGCUUGGAACCUGUUGUUGAGAGCUAUCUUGAAUUCACUGAGUUUGUCAGUAUCUCGAAGGAAGGCUGUAUUGAACCUUUGUAGUGCUGUUUGUCCAGUUCUUUUUUAGCUUCAGUUUUAAAUUGGCUACAACUAGGUGAUGAUCUGAAGCUAUGUCAGCACCUCUCCUGGUUCUCACAUCUUCCAUUGUCCUUCGGAAUUUUUUGUUGAUGCAAAUAUGAUCUAUCUGGUUCUCUGUAGUGUGGUCCGGUGAGAUCCAUGUAGCCUUGUGUAUACGCUUGUGUGGAAAUAUUGUGCCUCCUAUGACCAAUUUGUUGAAUGCACAUAGAUUUGCAAAUCUUUCU